AUGAAGAAGGUCUUGGUUUAUCAUCACUUGUACCUCCCACAAGCUAUUUCUCUCCUAAAGAAAUUAGCAUUGAUGACUGUGCUCAAUUAAAGAAGGUACUCUCAUCUGGAUGGCUGCUCCACUACUUCCAAUCUCUAGAGACUAUUUAUGUUCGAGGGUGUCCACAAAUGGAGGAGCUGAUACCGUCAUCGGCAAAUGAAGAAGAAAAAGUCACUCUACCCAAGUUACAAGGCUUGGAAUUGAUAGGUUUACCCUUAUUGAAGACCAUCUGUAGUGGUUCUUUGAUUUGUGAUUCCAUCAAGAAGAUUAUGCUUUGGGGUUGCGACAAUAUAGAGAGUGCUUUUUGGUCAGGAUUCAACCCACUUCCAAAUCUUGAAUAUCUACACCUUAACCAUUUAGAGAAUCUGGAAUACGUGUUUGAUGAAGAAGGUCUUGAUUUAUCGCCACGUGUAGCUCCCACAAGCUUUUUCUCUCUUAAAGAAAUUAGGGUUUUGGGGUGUCAUCAAUUAAAGAAGGUAUUUUCAUCUGGAUGGCUGCUCUACUACUUCCAAUCUCUAGAGACUAUUGAGGUUGACUGGUGUUCACAAAUGGAGGAGCUGAUAUCGUCAUCGACACAUGAAGAAGAAAAAGUCACUCUACCUAAGUUACAAGGCUUGAAAUUGACACUAUUGCCCUUAUUGAAGAGCAUCUGCAGCAGCUCCAGUGUGUUGAUUUGUGAUUCCAUCCAGAGUCUAAGGAUUUCAAAGUGUGAAAAGCUAAAGAGGAUUCCUCUAAAUUUUCCCUUGCUUGAUAAUGCCUAAUCAUCUCAUCCUCCUUCCCUCAAAAAGAUUAGGGUAUACCCAAAAGAAUGGUGGGAAUCAUUGGAAUGGGACCAUCCCAAUGCAAAAGACAUCCUUUUACCCUUUUGUAAAUUUGAGGAGUGAUAGGGCGCACCGCAAAUCAAUUGGGAUUCGUCUCUGCAACCACAAGAAAGUUGGAGGAAAUCACAUAUGCACUAGUUGCUGUUGCUAUUGGGUUUUCAAUUUAAUAUAAUCUUUGUUUUUCUUUUGUUGUGUGUGUGUUGUGUGUUUAAAUAUGUCCAAUUCUAAGUGGAAAACUGGAAAUGCUUGUUUCUUUAUUAUCCAUGUAAUUUUGUCUUUGAAACUGUGUGCGAAAAAGACUUGAAACUGUAUUUGCUUUUCUUGUGUAAUAUCAAGCCAGAGUUCAUCUUCUCUAUACUGUGCCAGUGGUCAGAAUUGUUGUCCAAAUUAUAUAUCAAUUUUCACUCUUAAGAGCAGAGCGAACACGUCAAAUGAUCAAUUGUUAUGUGGAAAAAAAGGGUUCUUAUGAGCAUAUUUCUUUUUAAUCAAGCAUGUUUGUCAAGGUGCUAUACGUACCAGGGACAUGUUAAGACCUGAUUGCUUUAAAACAAUCACUACUCACUAUUUGAGGAGACUGCGUUUUUAUCUCUGAUUAUCUGUUUUGAUGCCAUCAUCUCAAUGUUUGUUUGGUUGCUGAGAAGAUUAGAGAAAAUCAAGUUUCUGAGAGAGUUUUUCUUUCUAUUGGGGAAAUUGAAGUUUAGUUUAUUGAUCAUGCUUGCUUUUUCUUUCAACUUUUUACUCAGUUGAGUCUGAUCAAUGAAAAUUCAAAUUUUCC